AUGUGCUUAACAUUCAGUUGAAAUUAAUAGUUUCGUGGCAUCGUCAAAGGAAACAUGAAAUCUUUCUUUGCUUCACUCCCUUUUUACUUACUUCUGAUUUUGAGCACCACCUAUGCAAGAAAAGAUGAGGGUGAGUACUGGAGAGGAGUCAUGAAAGAUCAGCCCCUGCCAGAACCAAUACAAGAGCUUCUUCAAGCUUCUCCAACCUCAUCUGAUGGAAAAACUGAUAGUGGAAUGAGCAAGAAUUUUGAGCCGAUUCCUAAUGCUUCUAUUUAUCAUGAUGAUAUUGGUCUUCAAACAAAAAAUCCAUUGUCUCAGACACAUUCUCUUCAAAAUUUUGAGCCGAUACCUGAUGUCUCAAUUUAUCAUGAUGAUAUUGGAAAGAAGCCAUUAAAUAAAGAAUCAUUUGCUAAGAAAUUUGAACCAAGGCCUGAUUUGACCAUAUAUCAUAAUGACGAAGUUUUCAAAGAAGAGAAGCCAUCAGAAGAGAAAUCCUUUACCAAAGAUGAUUAAGAAAAUUAGUCUUUGUUUUCAUGCAUUGAAAAUUAUGAUGAUCAAGUUAUAUGAUUUGAUAUGUUGUUAUGUAAUUAUAACAUAUUUGAAUUAGCUGUCCUAAGAGCUCCUUUUGUGUUGUAAGAUGUGUAUGAAAUCUCCCUAUGAUAUAAUGGAAGGAAAUUAAUGUGUGUCUA